GUCAAUUGGUCCAGUGGUCGGUUGUGUUGAAAAUUGUGACGCGUACGUUUUAAACGAAAAAUUUAUUUGUGCUGUGGAAAAAAUGCGCGCUUUUAUAACACUCUGCCUGCUUGCGUCGGCGUACGCGAAGCCUCAGGGCUACAGCUACCAGAACCAGCAAAGCAACUACAAGAAUCAACAGAGCAGCUAUCAGAACCAACAACAACAAAACAGCUUCCAAAUAAAAUUGCCUGGCAUUAGCAGCACUGCAAGCGCACCACAAACCCCAAGCUUCCUACAACAAGCGCUACAAAACACCAAAUUGACGCAGUCGCUGAUCAGCACACCAGCCCCCGCGCCAGUGCCAAGCGUUGGCACACCAAAUAGCUACUAUCAGAGUGCAGCGCUACAACAGGCGCCACAAUUUCAAUCUAACUUCCAACCCAGUCAUCUGCCAGUGCAGCAACCCGCCUUUGCCACCUUCCCACAACAACAAUACCAACAAGGCGGUGGCAGCUUCGGACCAGCACCAACAUCGUUAGUCACCAAAGACAUCUAUGUGCAUGUUGCGCCAGAAGAGCACGAGGAACGCUACCAACGACCAGUGUUGCCACCACCACCACCACGCAAGCACUACCGUAUCGUAUUCAUCAAAGCGCCAUCGCCAAAACCAAGCGCCGCGGCAUUGCGUAUCAAUCAAGCGCCCACCGAGGAGAAGACCAUCAUCUAUGUGCUCACACGCAAACCGGACCCACUCGACUUGGAGGCGGCCUACCAGGAGGCUGCGCCCAAACAGCCCAGCAAACCGGAAGUAUACUUUAUCAAGUACCGCACACAAGAGGAAGCGCAACAUGCACAACGCACCAUUCAAGAGCAAUACGACCAAUUAGGUGGCACCACACAGGUCUCCGACGAGGGCAUCGCACCGGUAACCUCAGUGAUAGGAUCGCUGGAUCCACGUGGCGCAUCCGCCGGCGGCAGCAUCAGCAGCUCCAGUGCAUCGAGCAGCAGCAGCGCUAGUAGCARUGCCAGCAGCAGCAGCAGUGAAGGUGGCAGUUUAGGCAAAUAUUUGCCCCCAAUUACACGACUCUAAAUUUAGUUAAUUCAAAUUUUUAGCGAGAUUAAAUUAAUCGACUGAAAGCGAUUUUACGGCACAACAAAGGGAACACAAAAAAAGACGCACAUUAACAAGACACACGCACACACACACAAGUCAUACAAACACACAAAGUCCACAAGAAAAUCAACCACACACACACAAAGUAACAACAUUACACACACACACACAUACGUUUAUAGUCGCUCCAACAAUUUUACGUUCGAUUAUGCUCGCUUGCAUCGCCGAAUGCAAGCGAAUCAAAGUAGAGUUGAUUUUCGUUAUUUUUCAAUUUUUACCUUGUUUGUUGAUAAAGUCUGUUAAUUAACUUUGUUGUUACUGUUAUAAACUCUCUGUAUUUGUGUCAUUAUGCUGUUAAUGGCUUUGAACAAAAUGCGCGAUUUGUUGUUGUCUGAUUUGUUAAUUGAUAUUUUCGGCAAAAUAUUAUUUUGUUGAUUUAUUUAUUUAGUUUUCGUUUUCUUUAUUAUAUUUUUGUUAUUUACUGUUAAUUUAAUUGGUAUCGUUAUGUCUUUAUAUAUACUCAUACUAUAUAUAAUAACUGAUCGCCUCACAGCUGCCGCAGCAGGCCAUCCGCGGCUAGUCGAUCGUCAAGGCCCGAAGCGCCAAAUGCCAACUAAAUUAUAAAUAGUAUACAUACCUACACAUAUGUAUGUAGUUGUAAGUUGUUAUGUAAUAAAUAUGCAUUUUGCCACUUUUUCUAC